AUGUUCCCAGGAAAGGUCUUCGGCAGCGAGAUGCGCGCGCGCAAGCACGACCCCGACUACAUUGCGUCGGUGUGCAACGAGGCGGGCAUGAGGCGUGACGCGCUCCGCGGCCAAGUGCCCCGCACGUGGCUGAUGGGCGGCGGCCCCCGCCCUGUCACGGACAGCUGGGAGCACAUGUGGUGGGACAACCUGCACUGGAAGAGGUGCGCGGCCGACGCGGACAUGUACUGGCAGUGA